GGUCUUUGCGCUGAUCUCCCCCAAUAUCAUCCCAAUCUGGGGGAAAGAAAAGAGAGAGCAAGAAAGCCUUGGAAAGGUGGGUAAGGGGGGCAAUGCCCACCAAGCAGCCCCAGCGUGCCAGCGCCAGAGAGCCAGGCAGUCCAGCUGCCAGGCUCCUCCGCUCAGCCUCCAAAAGCUUGGGCUUUUGAAAGGAGGAGAGAUCAUGCCCUUCUUCUCUCUUGCUUCCCCUGCCCUCCUCCUUCCCAGCUCUCUGGGUCUGAGCCUUCCGAUCCUCCAGGGAGAAAGAGAAGAAGCAGCAUCGUAAGAGAUCGGGGGAAGAAACUCCAAGCAAGGGCUGGCAAGGACCCCCCCCCCCCCACCCCAGAAAGCGACUUGGAUGCCAUCUCUCCAAAAGAAUAAGAAUAAUACAGGCUGGCGAAGGGGAAAAGGCUGGGAACUGUCGACCAGGCAGAGACAGAGAGAAGAGGCGACUCCAAGCUGGGAUUAUUCUGAAAGGAUUCUGUCCUUGACUGAACACAUCGCCCCCUCUCUCGUUCACAAUCAUUAAGGACUAUUUUUCUGCAAUUGCAUCCAUUUCAAAAGACACUUAUUCCUAGCUCAGAAACCAACAAAUAGGCUGUGUUUUCAUGAAGAAAUCUCAGAGCUGCUAACAAUCCUACAAAGGGGAGCUGAAGACCUUUGAGGCAAGCCAUGCAGUCGUCAUGGAGACUGAUGCUUUUGCUGUCACUCACUAGCUGUUUUACAGAAUCCUCUGAAGGCAUUCCUGGGAUCCCUACCACAUAUGCUGCUAUCUUACGACUCAAGUCUCUCAGCUCAUCCUACUCCUCCAGAACCAGGCAACGCUCAAGCAGUCCUGCCUUUGGUAGUAUCUCCUCACCAAGCUGGCAUGGAGCAGCAAUGGCAGCAGCAGCACAACAGUAUCACUCACCCACAAGCCUCUAUCAUGUCUCAGAGGCCUUCAAACAUGAUGAGAGUGUUGAUUAUGGGCCAGUGUUUAUACAGGAGCCUGACAAUGUGAUUUUUCCAGUGGAUUCAGAUGAAAAGAAAGUGGCCCUCAGUUGUCAAGCACGUGGAAAUCCUGUUCCAUCCUACAAAUGGCUCCGAAAUGGAACAGAGAUAGAUACUGAAAGUGAUUACCGCUACAGUGUGAUAGAAGGGAGUAUUAUCAUCAAUAAUCCCAGUGAAACAAAGGAUGCUGGACAAUAUCAGUGCAUUACUACUAACAUGUUUGGCAGCAUUUUGAGUAGAGAAGCUGCACUUCAGUUUGCAUACCUGGGGAAUUUCAGUGGCCGAACAAGAAGUGCCGUGUCGGUGAGGGAAGGUCAAGGCGUAGUUCUGAUGUGCUCUCCUCCACUUCAUUCACCAGAGAUUAUCUAUAGCUGGGUGUUUAAUGAGUUCCCCUCCUUUGUGGCAGAAGACAGCCGGCGCUUCAUUUCUCAGGAAACAGGCAAUCUCUACAUAUCCAAAGUACAGCCAUCGGAUGUAGGGAGCUAUAUCUGCCUGGUGAAGAACACAGUAACCAAUGCCAGAGUCCUCAGCCCUCCCACACCACUGACACUCCGAACUGAUGGUGUGAUGGGGGAAUAUGAGCCGAAAAUUGAAGUCCAUUUUCCAUACACAGUUACAGCUGCUAAGGGAUCUACAGUUAAGAUGGAAUGUUUUGCACUGGGCAACCCUGUUCCAACAAUCUCGUGGAGGAAAGUUAAUGGCCCCAAUCCGAGCAAAGCCCGUCUGCGGAAGUCCCAAGCCGUCCUCGAAAUCCCGAAUGUGCAACUAGAAGAUGCAGGGACAUAUGAAUGCAAGGCUGAAAAUUCCCGGGGAAGAAAUGUCUUCCGAGGACAGCUGCAAGUAUAUACAUACCCACAUUGGACAGAGAGGUUGAAUGAUACCCAGUUAGACAGUGGGGAUCAGCUUCGAUGGGAAUGUAAAGCUACUGGAAAGCCAAGACCUACCUAUCGCUGGCUAAAAAAUGGAGCCACUAUCUGGCCAGAGAGCAGGAUUGAGAUGGUUAAUGGUGUACUGAUGAUCCACAGUGUGAAUCAGUCUGAUGCUGGAAUGUACCAAUGUCUAGCAGAAAACAAGCAUGGAACUAUUUACACCAGUGCUGAGUUAAGGAUAUUGGCUUCUGCUCCAACUUUCCCCUCAAGUCAUCUGAAAAAAACAAUUAUUAUUACCAAAGGACAAGAAGUGACUGUUGAAUGCAAACCCCAGGCCUCUCCCAAGCCAACCAUCUCAUGGAAGAAAGGAGACAAAGUACUGAGAGAAAAUAAAAGGAUAACUGUUCUUCCAGAUGGGAGCCUGCGAAUCCUGAAUGCCUCCAAAUCUGAUGAAGGAAAAUAUGUCUGCCGAGGAGAAAAUGUAUUUGGUUCAGCAGAAAUAACAGCUUCUGUGUUUGUUAAAGAGCCUACCAGAAUAGACCUGUCCCCUAAGAAGACUGAGCUAACAGUGGGAGAAAGCAUUGUCCUGAGCUGCAAAGCCCUUCAUGACCCCACCUUAGAUGUCAUUUUCCACUGGACUCUGAACGGGCAGCCCAUUGAUUUUGAGAAAGAAGGAGGACACUUUGAAAGCAUCAGGGCGCUUUCAGGCACUCGUUCUCAGAUGGGGUCACUGAAGCGCACGACAUGGGGGGAGGCAAAGCAUCUUCAGGACCUGAAGCAAGUAUCCUCUGCAGAUUUAAUGAUCAGGAACAUACUUCUGAUACAUGCUGGGAGAUAUGGCUGCAGGAUACAAACCACAGCAGACAGUAUAUCAGAUGAGGCAGAACUUCUUGUUAGGGGUCCACCAGGGCCUCCUGGAGUUGUGAUUGUCGAAGAGAUCACAGAGACCACAGCCACACUUUCAUGGACUCCUGGGGCUGACAAUCACAGCCCCAUAACUUCCUACAACUUGCAAGCCCGAAGUCCAUUUUCUCUUGGCUGGCAAACUGUGAAAACAGUUCCAGAAAACAUCAGUGGUGACAUGGAGUCUGCUAUGGCUGUUGAACUGAACCCAUGGGUGGAAUAUGAAUUUAGAGUUGUAGCAACUAACAAAAUUGGAACUGGAGAUCCAAGUGCACCAUCCAGAGUGAUCCGGACAAAAGAAGCAGUUCCAAAGACAGCUCCUGCUAAUGUAAGUGGCAGAAGUGGAAGACGGCAUGAAUUAGUAAUAGCAUGGGAGCCAGUCUCUGAAGAGUUUCAGAAUGGAGAAGGCUUUGGUUACAUUGUAGCCUUCAGGCCAAAUGGGACCAGAGGCUGGAAGGAAAAAAUGGUCACCUCUUCAGAUGCCUCCAAGUUCAUCUACAGAGAUGAGAGUGUGCCUCCCCUGACUCCAUUUGAAGUGAAAGUUGGAGUUUACAACAACAAAGGAGAUGGUCCAUUCAGCCCUAUUGUUGUUAUUUGCUCUGCUGAAGGAGAACCCAGCACUGCUCCAACUGAUGUUAAAGCUACAGGAUUGUCUGUAUCAGAAAUUCUUGUUGUAUGGAAACACAGUAAAGAAAGUCUCGGAAGACCUCGAGGAUUUGAGGUUGGUUACUGGAAAGAUAUGGAACAAGAAGAAGCAGCUGAAAAGGCCAGGACAGAAGGAAAUGAGUCAUCCAUCAUUCUGACAGGGCUAGAAGGCAACACACUGUACCACCUGAGAGUAAAGGCGUACAACUCAGCGGGGUAUGGGCCACCUAGCAAUGUCGUUCGUGCUGCUACCAAGAAAUCCCCUCCUAGUCAAGCACCAAGCAAUAUUAUGUGGAUACAAGAUGGCUCCCAUGUGUCCCUGGGAUGGGAACCUGUUAGACCUUUAGCAAAUGAAUCUGAUGUCAUGGGAUACAAGGUCCUGUUUAGACAAGAAGGUCAUAGCAACACUCAAGUCAUUGAAACACAGAAAACAUCUGCAGUGGUGCUUCUCCCUGAUGUAGGUGUCUAUAUCAUAGAAAUCCGUGCUGUCAGUGAAGGAGGGGAUGGAACACCCAGCUCCCAGAUCAGAGUACCAUCUUUUUCAGGGGGGAAAGUCACAAGUUCUCAGUCAAGCCUACAUGCUUUCUCCACAUCCUCAUCAACUAUGACAUUUCUCUUGGUACUGAUGGUCCCUUCAACCUCAUGGUAAAGAAGAACUGUGUGGACCUUUUCUCGUUCAUCUGUUCAGUUGCUAUAGGCCAGUAAUACCAAGGGAUGAGACCCUGUGUCUACGGAGGAGGCAGAAGGUCUAGUUGUCAACGACUUGUGGAAAUACCUGCAAUGCACCAGGAAGAGUGUUGGGUGGGAUUCUAAAGUAAUUCAUCAGGUUUCUUCUCUUCAGUUUUGUUACAUGUCCUCUUUGGGGGAGAGGGGAUGUUUAUUGCCCAGCAGAAAAUAUGCAGAUUGUAUGAAAUGAACUUUUACGAACAAAUGAAAUUCCUGUCAAAUUAUAUUUACUUUCCUUAAUAUAUGUUUAUAUAUUAGCUGACACCAGUCUUGUAUCAUUAGCAGUUUGAACUGUGAUGUCUAGUACAGUACAUCUAUUUCAUUUGAGUUGUUAAUGAAUUUUUGUUUAAGAAAAGGAAAAUUUGAAAGAUAUUUGCAAUCUAGUGAGUCACCACCAUCUUCUCUUUUCUUUUAUAAGUCUUUCUUUCUUUUUCAAAUUGACAGAGCAGGAUAACAAACUUUUCAUCACAAUUACUGUAGCAAAUGUCUUUUUUAAAAAAAAAAAUAAGAAGAUGCUACAUCAAGUUGGCAAAAUAUGGUAAUUUCUGAUGUUUUUCCUCUCUUCUGUUUGUAUUUUCUGGGCAUAAUGAACCACUUGUCACUACAUGUUACAUUUGAAGCAAUGAAUGGAGAAGAAAAGUCAGCCCUAUUGUUUUGCCUCGGCUAUUGUCCACCUUAAUAAAUGAGCAAGAAAUGUUUUAUUUUUUAAUAGCAAGAAUACAGCUGAUUGAGAAAGCAAAUGGCAGUGAAACUAUCAUCGGACACUUCAACAUACCCUCCAGUAAGUGCAAACUGGAAGGGGAAAAAAUGAAUGCAAAGAGACAAAGCUGUUAUCCCCAAACAGCUUUCAGUCUUUAGACCUUUAUUUUUGUAGUCCAUUUUUGUAUGGUACUGUACUGUCUAUAUUUGGUGAUUAAAUGAAACGAUAUCAGAAAGCAUAUUAAGAUUGGAACAUGGUGACUAGAUUGUUGUCAACAAAAUACAGAAUAAAUCAAAUUCUGCAUCCAAAACCUACUGGAAUAGCUACUCCAGUGUUUCCCACUAUCUAAAUGUUUAGCCUUUCCAGAUUCAUAUCUCAUCUUCAAGCUCAACGUGCAACACUUGAUCCACUUUCAGGUGUGUGCUUGUUUGUUUUUACUCUGAAAUGAUGUGAAUUUUUUCAUUAAUUUCUACAUUUGUCUAUCUAGUUCUAUCCUUUACUUUACAGCAUCUCCCUUCCCCUAUCAUUCUUUUUAUUUCCCAACCAGACGUCACAAUACAUUGGUUACUAUAUUAGGUAUUAAGCUAUCAAUUAUCAAUUAGCUAUCAAUUGAGCUCAUAAGCACAGUUCAUCAUCUGAAGACAAAUGUCUGCAUUAUUAUGCCUAUUCUACAUAAAUACUCAUUAUAAUGCCUAGUCUAAGCCCAGCCCUACCAUUUGGCAGAGUGAGGGAGCAUCUUUAGAUAGCCAGUGUUGAGGGACAGGGAGCAAACAGAGAGGUCUGUGGUAGAUAGCCUUCCCUGAAUCUACCACCUUCUGGUGAAACUGACAUACUACUUUCAGGUGAAGUGAACAAUGUUGUCCCAUGUCCAGUGCUGAAGUAUGAUUCAACUGCCAGUAAGAGUCAGCUUUUGUGUAUGAAAUGGCAGAUGGCACUAUCUUGUCCUUUGCCAGAAGUAUCAAAAUGUCUUGAGUUACCAUGGCUUGGACCAUGGUUGCCAGUUCUAAUCCCAUAAAUUCUUUUGUGGUACCACACAUGCCCGGUUGUUAACAGAGAGAGAGAGAGAGAGAGAGAUUCUGUUUCUUUUUCUAAAGGCUUUUCAUGACUUGAGUGCCCAAGCCAAAAUACCUUUCUCUUUGUUUGCUGGUUCAUUUUAAUAUGGUGAGUGUGGUUUACUGAGGGAUGCAAUUUUAAAUUGUAUGUUAGAGGACAUAUACCAAAAGCCAGGGCUGGCCCUACUGUUAAGCAAAAUGAAGCAGCUGCCUCAGGUGGGAGAUGAUGAGUGUCAUGAAAGGACAGCAGAUUGUUACUUAAGUUAUGAUUGUAUGUUUCCUGAAAAGGAGAGAAAGAGGUACAUUCCAGAUUUGUGGAUUCAGAUAUCAGAACAACUUGACCUUCCUUUGAUAUUAUGUACCUUGAUUUGGUAGGGUAGGAGAAAGGGGCACCAUUAUCUGCUCACUAAAUGCCUUAGGUUAGCCCUGCCCAGGGUCCAUAGUAUAUAUCUUGAGGAAAUCAUGCUUCAUCUGAAUAUUGGUAAAUUGCUAUCACUGGGUCUAACUACUGUGAUUCUUUGAGAAGAAAAAUUUUCUUGACUCAGAAAUAUGUUUUUGCUUGUUUCUGAGAAUGUCUCGAAUACGGUGGGAAGUCACUUAAGCAAAGAAAGAAUGCUUACAUUUU